CAUGCUUGUGAAUUAGAAAUUGAAAAUAAUACUCAUGAAAUUGGUAUUCAAACUGAUGAUAAGGAGACUAGUGAGAUUGGUGUACAAGUAUAUAAUAAUAUGUCAUAUACCCUUGAUAGUUAUAUUCGUCAAUUACAAGCGCAAUUAAACAUAAAAAUAAAUGAAAUAGAGGAUCAUAAAAAAUGA